UUUCCUUGCAAGAGGAAACUAUUCUCUUCUCUGCCAGCAGUAAAUCACAUUUUGAAGACUGCAACUACAGACAGGAUUGGAACUCAUGUUUUCUGGAGAGGGGUUCUAUGAUAUUUGGAGAGCAAAGGUCAAUGCUUCUGGAAACUCUGAGGAAGAAAUAGAUUUUACGUAUGUUAUUAUAGGAGUUACUCUGGGAGCGUUUCUAGCAAUUGGUUUUGUAGCAGUAAUAAUCUGCAUGAUCAAAACCCAAAUGAUUGACAAUGUCUUUGGAGAGUCAGAUGGCAAAAUGGAUAGAAGAUCAAACCUGGGAUCAAGCCAAAACAGAGACGACAUCAAUGUACUAGAAAAACAAAGUACAAAUGAUCAAUAAUCCUUUUGCAAUCCACAGUUACCUGGUCUGAGGAUCAAUAGAAGUCUCUUGUACACAGGCAGGAAUCUAACCAAUACCAAUUCCUUUCUUUGUUCUUUAAUUGAAAGACUGAUUGAUUGGUUACAGGAAAAACUUACAGUACAUGCUAACUUCAAUCACCUGUACACAAAAAGCCUGCAAUCCCCAACAGCAUGGAUAUGAAGGAAAUGUAUGAGGAAAAUAAAAUAGAUGAGCUCUGCUCAUUAAUAGAUCUUGUUUAGUCUGCAAUAAGUAUAUGAUUGGUUUCUAAAAUCAAUUGAAUACAGGGUAAUCAAAAAGGUAGCAAUACAUUUCAGCAGCAGAAUUCAUGGUCAUGCCCAUAUUUUAAGUUAGGCAAGUAAUGACUGAAGUAACUUUAAAAAUCAUUAAGUUGAGUUUGAAAUAAACCAAGGCUUCUUAAGUUUUUCAGGAAAUACACAUUUUGUGUUAAUAUGAAAACAUUUCAUUCACACUAAAGUUAUAUCUUUUUUAGCUUUAGGACUGAAGCCUUUUACUGUUUAACUGUAGGUGGUAAUUUCAGCCAUUUUAAAUGAAUUACGGUCAUUUAAAAUGAAAAAUUCCUUUUUGGAAUAAUGUUUCACAUGUUUUUAGAACAUUGAAAUGAAAGCAGUUCUGUGUGCUCAAAAAGAAAAUUUCUGGAUAUCUGAAACAAAACAUUUCAUGUCAACAUACUACAAACAAGCUAAUUAUACAUUUCCAAAAUUCACCCAUCCCUAUUUUUUAGUAUAAAACAAUGCACUAAAUUCAAUCAGAAUUUGUGAAUAAUUUCAGUCUCCCAGCCCCUUCAUUCUUGUCCUAGCCUUACAUAUUCUGUAGAAUUUGAUUUCAUCAAAAUCGGUUUGCCGGGCUCCAAUUACGAACUUCUUACAGUGGGAGUGACAAUAAGAAAAAAAUAUAGCUUUGUCUCAGAACAUUUAGAAUAGUUUAAAUAAUUUUAAGUGUUUUAAACCAAAGUUUUUCUGUACACACAUCCCAGCUUUUACCUGUGAGCUGUGAGCUUGUGGCUUUGGUCUCUGUUGAGAAAAUAAUGCUAUAGAUUCUAUUCUGUUUGUUUAAAUCCACUUCUUUCAAGAAUGCUUUAUUAUAACAGCUAUUGUCAUCACAAGGUGCAAGAAAAGCAGGAAGAUUUUUGUAUUUCAAGCCAGGAUUUCCUUUGAGCUUGUGAAGACAGGCCAGCAAAUGUCAGCUGUGGGAGCUCUGAGAGCAUUUGGCUAGCAGCAAUGCCACGCUGGGCAUCCCCCGCUAUUCCUAUGGCUUCUCUCAGGAAACCCAGCAGGAUUCAAAGGCCUGAGAGGCUCACAUAGAUGGCAUGUAUGACAUUAAUAUCACAAUAUUUCACAGGCAUAGCUAUUAUGUCGCAGCAUUACAGAGCGACUCCAAGAAAAACAUUACAUUAAUUUAUUGCAACAUACAAAUAACCACUAGCUGAUCCAAAGACCACAAACUGUAAAUUAAUUGGAUCUGCCUAAACUUUUAGCUCAGGCCAAUGUCUCUAGAGAAAUGGAUUUUUUAAUCUCCCAUCUGACAUGCAUCCCUAAAGUUGACUUUUAAGCCAGUGUCUGCUCUUAGUUAUGCUACGUGGCAGAUCAUAAUACAUGAAGUUCCUUCCAGUUCUUCACUACUGUAAUAUAGCAGAAAUUAUUCAAUUAAAAAAAAAAAAAAGGCAAAUGUUAGACUGAUAUCCAACCUAGAAAUUCUACUAAGAAUUUCUAUUAUUAAGAAAUAUCACCUGAAAAUACCAUGGAAGCAAGGGCCUUCCAUCCAAUAAUCAACUUUCUGACUGUGAAAAGCUGAAAUUAACCCCACACAUUAAAGGCAGAGCUGAUGUGCUGAGUCAGGGACUUAGAGCCAACACACUGCCAAAGCAUAAGAGCAGAUAUAUCAGAAUUUUGUUUCUAUGAAGAAUAAGCAACCAUACUACUUGUAACUGUAAUAGAAAGGAUUUGAAUAUGAAUAUCACCUUAGCAAAGCAGGUAGUUUUCCAAAUGUGCAAAGGAAACCAGAUUAUAAAUUUUCCUGCAUGUUUUGAACAACAGAAUAUAAGGUUUAUUUUCAGAGAAAUUUGACAUAUUGGAAUAAAUUCCCUGGAUUACUAGGUGUCUGUUACCCAAUUCAGUAACACUGCAGUUCAUUAACAGCAUUUGCUAAUGGAUAAACUAGAGCAGUAAUGUGAUACUUGUAAGUAAUUGGUAGUGUGUACAUGUAUAAGUGAA